GGCACCCUCAUGCUCAGCUUGCUGCUCCUCGCUAUCGUGAGUGGCAGCCACGCGCUGCUCCGUGGCGCAUGCGGCUCGGCGGCGUGCGUGGCCCUCGGCGGCGGCGGCGGCGGCGCUUUGCUGAAGAGGCCGUGGUGCCGCCUAUCGGCAUCGGCGCCACCAGCCAAUGCCGCCCCGGAGCGGCUCGGUGCAAGGCUCGGAGCGGCGGCACGAAGCCGGCCAGCUUUCAUGGCUGCUCGCAGCUCAGCGGCGACGGAGCCGCUGCCUCCGACGCUUCUGCCGAUCACCUUCUCGGUCUUUGCUCAGAUGAUUGGCGAGGGGAUCGCGAUCUCGUCCCUCCCGCUGCACAUGACGCUGCUCGGCGCGUCGCCGCUCGAGGUUGGCCUCGCAACCUCCUGCUUCUCCGUCGCCCAGAUGGUCUGCUGCCCCGCCCUCGUCUCGCUCUCGAGCCGCUUCGGCCGCGCGCUCGUGCUGCGCGUCUGCUUGGGAGGCGGGUCCUCGUCGCGUCAGUGCUGCCGGGAGGACGGCGCAACGCAGAGAGCGUCGCAGCUGCAGCGGCGAGGGAAGCGGCAGGCGGAGGAGGGGGAGGAGGGGAUGGUGAUGCUCGGCUGGUCCCUCACGCUCAGCGUGUCGACGUACGGUCUCUUCGCGCCGUUCGCGCUGGGGUACGGACAGUCGCAGCUGAGUGCGACCUUCUCCGCCGGCGCCGCUUGCACGAUCCUCGUCCAGAUCGCCCUCUUCCCGCGCCUCGUCGCCGCGCUGGGCGAGCAUCACCGCUUCUGCGAGCACCUCGCAGCGACGUCCGGCACGCUGCCCUACCACCUCUGCGCCGCGUGCAUGCUCGCCGCCGCCUCGAUCCCGCUGUUGCUGCGCCGAUCCGAGCGGGAGGCGGAGGAGGCGUCGGCGCAGGCGCAGCUGCGGGAGGGGACCGCGGCGGAGUGGACAGGCAAGAAGGAACGCCCAUCUGCGUGCUCCGACUCACAGCAAAUACGCUCGCCGUGGCUCAGCAAGUUGCUGAGGCAAAAAAUGCAGAACAUUGACGGCACGCAGGCGGUCGUUCACCUCGAUGCCAGCUGGCGCAAACUCUUGGCCGAAAACGGGAUUAAGCUCCGCAAGGGCUCAUACAUCAAGAUUGGCAACCUUUAUUGGGCGCCGAAGCAAAAGCGGCGGGACAUGACCACGUACCAAAAGGAUCUGAGCACCUUCUUCGGAGACAAAUUUACUGACGAGUUUACAAACGAGGUUGCAGCGUUGCAAAAGGAGUCAAUGGACGGGCUCAAAACGUUCAUCAAAGACGCGCUGCACGUCGACAAGCUGACUGGAGAUGUCUCGUUUGAACGCGGGGUGAUGAAUUAUGUCAACAAAGUAACCAUCGGCGCUCUUGGCGCUAGCAUGGCGUUUGGCGUGGGAGCAGGCGCAGGUGUGCUGACAUCCACCGCCGGUAUUCUUGCGGCCGCGGGCGGUCUCAGUGCGACUGGGGUCGGCAUCGUUGUCGCUGCCCCCUUGGCGUUGUGUGCUGUUGGUUGGGGCAUUCACCAGCAAUAUGGGAUAAGCGAGGAGGAGUGCCAGACGAGGGCGAUUAACUACUUUUUGAAGGGGCUAGCCGCGAACAAAAGCAAUUUCCAGGAGAAGGUGUGCAGUAAAUUUGACGAGGCGAUGGGCGAGCUGAUGGAAAAGCUCAUGGACUUCCGUCUGCUCUCGUCGGAGUCGAAAGAGCUCCGGCAUAUCAUCGAGAAUAGCGACCAGGAGCGCGCGCGACUGGAGAAGCAAUUCACUACACUACGAGAGGAGCUAGGGAAGCUGGACUCAUGGCUCUGCGGAGACGCCGAGCUCAAGAGGAUUGUCUUCGAAAGCUGUGGCGAGGAUUUUUAG